AUGCACAUUGACAAAAUACAGAGUCCAAACAGAGAGAGGGAGAUGGAGAGAUCCAGCCAGCGAUUAGCAGCCAAUGGCAGGCGAGGAUCCGGCCUCCUCCGGUCGCUGCGGCCGCCGUCCGGGUCUAACCACUUGACGCUGCCAGGCUGUCUGGUCGGUUCGUCGGCGACAAGUAGCUGCGGUUGCCUCAGCCAGUGCUUAAAUGUGCGCGUCGCUACCCGAAUCCUUUCAGUCGAUCAGCAACAAGCCGCCAGGAUGAGCAAGGAUCACCAGGAUAGAAUCAUCAGCCCCCGGGAGCGACGUCUGCUGCGUACGCCGAAGUGCGCCCGUUGCCGCAACCAUGGUGUCAUCUCCUGCGUCAAGGGCCACAAGCGGCUGUGCCGGUGGCGCGAGUGCUGCUGCCCCAACUGCCAGCUGGUGGUGGACCGUCAACGGGUAAUGGCCGCCCAGGUGGCCCUGCGACGCCAGCAAACCAUGGAGGCUUUGGAGGUCAACACCACCACGACAGCAACAGCCUCCAGCGAGGGUGAGGAUUCGCUUACCUCCACAUCACCCCCGCCAUUGGGAUUUAGGAACUCCAGCGCAACAUCUGCCACAUCAUCAUCAUCGUCAUCCGCCACGCGACAGGCCUUGAUGGCCCAGAAAAGGAUCUACAAGCAGCGGCUGCGCAGCCUGCAGCAGUCCACGUUACACAUUACCGCUGCCAUGGAAGAGUACAAGCAGCGCUUUCCCACGUUCACAUCGCCGCUGAUGGAGCGCAUGCGCAAGCGGCGGGCGUUCGCCGAUCCGGAACUGAACCAUGUCAUGGAGGCGACACUGGGCGGGAACGCUUUGUACUUUGCCACCGUUGCCGCGGCUGUGCAGCAGGAGCAGCAACACCACCACCACCACAACUUGUAUCAAUCAAUGCCGCCGCCGCCUGUGAACACACUGGUGGACACGCCCAGGACACGCCUGACGCAGCACUCCAGCUCCAGCACCGUCAAGAAGCCCAAGCUUAGCUUCUCCAUUGAGGCCAUCAUGGGCCUCAGCACGUAGCCCCUGAAGGACACUCUCUCACUCUGUACAUAGAACUAGGAUUA